UGCGCCAAGAGACGUGCGCCGUCAAAUAGACGCACUCCUCUAACAGUUUCCUCCCUCGAAAGUCCAAUCCGUGCCUUGGCUUCGCUGCCCAAUUUCCUCAUUUGCUUCUCCGCCUCUCUGCCAUUCUUUGGCAUUCGAUUCCUCAAUCCAAACCCUAAAUUGUCAGACUCUUAAAACCCUAGUCCACUGUCAAAAUCGCUACUGUCAUGGCGGACGGCGAGCUUACCGAUUCCGUUAGCGGUUACAAGCUUUGCGGAUUUCUCCGUGCGGUUCUCGCAGUGGGCCCGUCUUCGGAGAAGUGCCGAGGCCUACCUUCCUGCGUUCCUUGCUCUCUCUUUGCCGAUGGGCACAAUGUCGGAUUCAGAACCGAGGACGGUUUCUUGCUGCUACCUGUCUCCGAAGCUGAUGCACCUUGGGAGAUGGAGCGGGAGGAGAGCUCUGCUUGGAAUUGUGGAAGCGGCGGCGGCAGAGGUGGCGGCGGUGGAUUGGAGUUCAGGAAGAGGCGAAGAGGGUUGGGAGGAUGCAUGAGCAUCAUUCAUCAGCUGCACACGCUCACGGUCAAGAAGUGCGUGAAGAUCCAAGCGAGGGUUCUGAAGGUUUCCUCCCGGGAAUUUGGAGAUGCGAGAGCGUUGGUAUUGGUAGAUGUUUAUUUGCCGAUUGAUGUUUGGAGCGGGUGGCAGUUCCCCAAGUUGGCUACAGUAGCUGCUUCCUUGUUCAAGCAUAUGAGUUGCGACUGGGAAGCCAGAAGUCCAUUGGUUGCCUCUAAUUAUAAUAAUCAGGAUUAUCGUGAUGCAGAUGAUGAGGGCAUUUGGAGCAUUUCUAAAUGUCAUGUUCUUGGGUGUGAGAUACACAAUGCACCGACAUCUGGUGGUAACCGGCUAUUUGAUCUGCAUGAGAUUUUUAAGUGUUUGCCUAGCGCAGGGCGGGAUGAUGGGGCAUUUCAUUUUAGAAUAGAACCUCAUGAAAACACGGCUGCAAGUCCUGGUAUUUGGGAUCUUGCUGAUGAUGUAUUGUAUAAGGUUCUCUCUUUACUUCGUCCCAUAGAUGUUGUUAGGAUUGCCGCGACUUGCCAUCACCUGAGAUGCUUAGCAUCUUCUAUCACACCAUGCAUGAAGCUUAAGCUAUUUCCUCAUCAGGAGGCAGCAGUUGUGUGGAUGUUAAGACGUGAACGCAAAUCUGACUUAAUGCCUCAUCCUCUAUGCAUGAGAUUUUCAACAGUAGAUGGUUUUUCAUUCUAUAUCAAUACUGCUUCAGGCGAGAUAUCUACUGGGGCAGCACCCACUAUUAGUGAUUUUCGGGGAGGAUUGUUUUGUGAUGAACCUGGACUGGGAAAGACUGUAACUGCACUCUCUCUUAUUUUGAAAACGCAUGGCACAUUGGCUGAUCCACCAGAUGGUGUAGAUGUACGAUGGUGCAUGCAUAAAUCUUACCGAAGAUGCGGCUAUUAUGAGCUUGGUUCUAAUAAAUUGACUACUACAUACCUCCAGUCUGCAUGGAAAAGAUUUAUGGAUAGGAACGGCCAAAGAGGGAAGCUUUGUUCAAACAAGUUAUCAUCUGAUCUUGGAUCCACUGCAACUGUAAAACCUCUCUCACUAAAGCGAGGGAGACCAGUGCAUUGUGAGAUAUCCGUAGCAUCAAAGGCUACUUCAGUUAUGAAAUUGAGUACCCCAGCUUGUAGUGCUUACUCUACACCAUUAAAAUGUGCUGGUAGAUCAACGAGAAGUUUGAACCAUCUUAAGAGGGAUCUGCUGGAUUCAUAUGGAAAAAAUGCUGAUGGUCACCAAAACAAAAAUAGUAUGGAUAAUCUGAUUAGCAGCUUUGACAUAUCAAAUUUUUCUAGAAUCCAGUCCGUUACUGAUCAAGAUGCAUUGUUGACCAGUUCAUCUAAUAAAAAGCAUAAGAGAAAUAAUAUUCCUGAUUCUAGUGAGACCUGGGUUCAGUGUGAUGCUUGUAGAAAGUGGAGGAAACUCACAAAUAGGCUAAAUCUUGAUACAAAAGCUGCCUGGUUUUGUAGCAUGAAUGAGGAUCCAUCCCAUCAAAGUUGUGCUGUUCCGGAAGAAUCUUGGGACUGCAAGAGAAAAAUUACAUAUUUGCCUGGAUUUUAUACCAAAGGUAACCAACCAGGAAAGGAUGAAAAUGUUUCAUUUUUUUCUAGUGUUCUAAAUGACCAUCUAAUGUUGCUUGAUUUUAAAGUGAAGAAGGCUCUUACUUGGCUUGCUAAUCUUUCCUUAUAUGAACUUUUAAAUAUGGAAAAUGUUGGCAUAACAUCUCCAGAUCUAGACUAUUCAACAGUUUUUGGCAAACAAUCCCAUUCUUACCAUGAGAUAUUUCAAGCAUUUGGUUUAGUGGCAAAACCUCAGAGACUUCAAACGAGGUGGCAUUAUCCACGCAACCUUGAAAAUUUGGUUUUUGAUUCAACUGCCCUUAAGACUGCUCUCACCAAACCCUUGGACUUAUGCCGACUGUAUCUGUCUGGGGCAACUCUAGUUGUUGUUCCCACAAAUUUAGUUGAGCACUGGAAGACCCAAAUUGAAAAGCAUAUUUCUCCUGGUCAAUUGCGUGUUUUUGUCUGGAAUGAUAACAGUAAGCCAGGUGCUCACAAUCUUGCAUGGGACUAUGAUGUGGUUAUAACAACUUUUAACCGAUUCAGCUCUGAAUGGAGCCCACAUAAGAAGAGCGUACUGAUGCAAGUGCAUUGGCUUAGGGUUAUAUUGGAUGAAGGUCACACUCUUGGUUCAAGCCUAAGUUUAACAAACAAGUUUCAAAUGUCCAUCUCCUUGCAUGCAUCAAAUCGGUGGAUUUUAACUGGUACUCCAACUCCAAAUACCCCAAGCAGUCAGGUGGCACAGUUGCAUCCCAUGCUUAAAUUUCUUCAUGAAGAAGCCUAUGGACAAAAUCACAAAUCAUGGGAGGCUGGCAUCCUUAGACCUUUUGAGGCAUAUAUGGUGGAGGGACGUACUUAUUUGUUGCAGCUACUUAAAAGAAUCAUGAUAAGUGCAAGAAAAAUUGAUUUGAAGAGCAUUCCUCCUUGCAUCAAGAAAGUAACAUUUUUAGAUUUCACUGCAGAGCAUUCAAAGAGCUACAAUGAACUUGUGCUAACUGUCAGGCGCAAUAUUUUAAUGGCUGACUGGAAUGAUCCUUCACAUGUUGAGUCGCUCCUAAACCCUAAACAAUGGAAGUUUCGUAGUAGUACGAUAAAGAAUGUCAGGCUCUCGUGUUGUGUGGCUGGUCAUAUUAAAGUAACAGAUGCUGGCCAAGAUAUCCAGGAGACAAUGGACAUACUAGUGCAGCAAGGCUUAGAUCCUCUUGCUGAGGACUAUGCAUUCAUAAAGAAUGCACUUCUGGAUGGAUGUAGCUGUUUCAGGUGCAAGGACUGGUGCCGUUUGCCUAUUAUUACGCCAUGUAGGCAUCUCCUAUGCCUCGACUGUGUUGCUCUAGACAGUGAAAAAUGUACUUAUCCUGGUUGUAACUACCACUAUGAAAUGCAAUCUCCGGAGGUAUUAAAACGUCCAGAAAAUCCAAAUCCCAAGUGGCCUGUUCCUAAAGAUCUUAUUGAGCUGCAGCCUUCAUACAAGCAGGAUGACUGGGAUCCUGAUUGGGAAUCAACUUCUAGCAGCAAAGUUGCAUACUUGAUUCAGAAGUUGAAGGAUUUGCUGGAAUCUAACAUGCAAAUGCAUUGCUGUGCAGAUGGGAUUUACAAUUAUGAAAUGCUUGUAGGAUCUCCCGAUAUCCAUUCAAAGGUAUCACCCCACCAGAAGAUCACAUCAAGGCCAAAUUGUGAUUCCUGCAAAGCAUCGCCUUUGAAAGUUAUUGUGUUUUCUCAAUUCCUUGAGCACAUACAUGUUAUUGAGCAACAGCUAACCAUUGCUGGCAUCACCUAUGGUAAAAUGUACAGUCCUCUCCAUUCCUUCAAUAAGAUGAAAUCAUUGAAGAUGUUUCAGCAUGAUGCGAAUUGCACAGUUCUUCUAAUGGAUGGGAGUGCUGCCUUAGGCCUUGAUUUGAGCUUUGUUACAUAUGUAUUCUUGAUGGAGCCCAUAUGGGAUAGAAGCAUGGAGGAACAGGUCAUUAGUCGUGCUCAUCGAAUGGGGGCUACUCGUCCUAUUCAUGUAGAAACACUUGCAAUGCGUGGUACGAUUGAAGAGCAAAUGUUAAACUUUUUGCAGGUCCACUCAGUUGAGGUACAUGAUGGGAUAAAGGCUGAUAGUCCGUCAUGGAUGAUGCUGAGGCAGGACAUUUUGAAGGACAACCAUGAAGGUACUAGGGCUGCUCGAACAUUCCAUGACUUUGCUGAGAGCAAUUAUUUGGCCCAUCUUAGUUUUGUACGAACCUCUGUUAAGACCUGAAAGUUUUUUGUCUUUAGCAGCUGACCAUAUUCAUUUGCUUGGACUUGAGGCGCUUAUUUAUUCUCUACAUAUGAAAGUUCGACUUUGUGUUUUGUAUAUAAUUAUGAAAUUUCUGCCGCAAAAGCAAAAGCGGAUAUAAUCUGAUUUUGAAGCGUCUCUUUUGCUGGAGGUCCUUCGUUUCCUUAACCUCAUCCACUGCUGUCGCCGAGUGAUCUUUAUUCUGUUACAGUUUUUGAUCUGCUAUACUUUUUGUUAACUUCAGCCAUUCAGUAUGGAAAAGAGCUCGUUUCAACGUUUUCUCUUGGACUUUGUACAGGUAGAGCUUAAAUUAUUUUGUUAUUUGUAGUUGACUUCCAGUUUUAGAUUAUUGCAAUUUUUAAGUUUUCAGAUAA